AUGGGAAACUAUUUAAAUACUCCAGUAACAGAAAAAAAUAUAAAAUAAGGCUAAAAUAAUAAGUUCGAAUAUUGUGCUGCUAGUAUGUAAGGUUGGCGUGCAAAUAUGGAAGAUGCUCAUAUAACACUCGAGAAUUUCGAUGGUCCAGAUAAAUCCUUGUUUGGAGUUUUCGAUGGACAUGGAGGAAAUAAAGUUGCUUUAUUUGUUGAGAAAUAUUUUGUUGAAGAAUUAAAAAAAAACUAAAAUUAUUAAAAAGGAAAUUAUAAUUUAGCAUUAGAAGAGACUUUUCUUAGAAUGGAUGAGUUAAUUGAAACUCCUUAAGGGAAAUAAGAAUUAUAGAAUUAAUCGUCAGGUUGUACAGCAAAUGUUUGCUUAAUUGUAGGAAAUACUAUUUAUUGUGCAAAUAGUGGAGAUUCUAGGACUGUUAUUAGCGAAAAAGGAAACGCAGUACCUUUAAGUAUAGAUCAUAAGCCAGAUGAUGAAAUAGAAAAGAAAAGAAUAUAAAAUGCAGGAGGGGAUGUUUAUUAUGGCAGGGUUAAUGGAAAUUUAAAUUUAUCAAGAGCCCUUGGAGAUAUGGAAUAUAAAGUUAACCUUAAUGAUAAUUUAAAUAAAAACCCAAAAGAAUAUCUUAUUACGGCCUUCCCUGAUGUUCAAAUUAAAGAAAUGACAUAAGAUGAUGUUAAGUUAAUUAUUUUAGGAUGUGAUGGUAUUUGGGAAUGCAGAAGUAAUCAAGAAAUAGUUGAUUAUUUUUAAGAUGACAAAUAAAACUUGAAAGAAUUAACAGAAAAUUUCCUUGAUUCUAUUUUAGCUACUUCUACUGGGGGACAAAUGUGUGGACUUGAUAAUAUGAGUAUUAUUGUUGUUAGAUUUUAUAUUUACUUUUUAAUUCAAAAUUUUUUGAUUUUAUUUAAUAAUCUAAUGUUUUAAACUUGCAAAAAAAGCAAUGAUAAAAACACUCAUAAAUGGUGUGUAUAUGUGAGAAGCCCAAAUAAUGAAGAUUUAUCAAUAUUUGUAGAGAAAAUAGUAUUUGUAUUACAUGAAACAUUUAAUGAAAAUUAAAGAGCAAUUACAAAACCUCCAUAUGAAGUUAUCGAAAAAGGAUGGGGAGAAUUCGAUAUUUUAAUAUAAAUUCAUUUUAAAACACAUUAUCCUUAACUUGAAUUAGUUCAUAAAUUAAAACUUUAUCCAACUAAAUCUGCACUCACUAAUUAAGGAUCAAGAAAACCUGUAGUUUCUGAAUUUUACGAUGAAAUUGUUUUUGUGAAUCCAAAUAAUGAUUUUUAUGAAUUAUUAAAAUAAGAAAAAUAUCUUCAAGUUGACGAUAAUCAUAAUAAAAAUUAAAACCCUAAUCAAGAUGGAAUGGACGAAGAAAGUUAAUAAUAACAAUAAUAAAAUGAUGAUGAAAAUGUUAUUGAUUGGAAAUAACAUUAUUAAAAAUUUGAUUAAUAUGACCAUAAGUAAAGACUCGAAAUUGCUUUGAAUGUUAUUUAAUAAGAAAAUGAAAAAUAUAAAUAAGAAGUUAAUAGUAACGAUCUUGAAAUUAAAGAAUUAAAUACGGAAAUCGAAGAGCUUUAAAAUUAAUUGGAAAUUAAACUAAGAUAAAAUAAUGCUAAUUAUUAUAAUCUUAAAAAAAAUUAAGAUUGA